CAUCGCCCGUACUCUACAGCAAAAAAUUACAUCAUGUUUAGAAGAAAUCAAUCGAUUUUUGGUACAGAAUAAACCUAUAAUUGCUAGUAUGAUAAUCGUUGAAAACCGAUUAGAUGGCGAUCGUGCGGACAAUGUCGUAAAUGCUAUCUUAAAAAUUAUGUGUAUUAAAGACUUGAAGAGUAUCAAUUAACAAAAUUCCUUAGUUGAGCUUGGAAUGGAUUCUAUGAUGGGUGUGGAAAUAAAACAAACUUUAGAGUGCGAGUAUGAGAUAUAUCUCAACGCGAAAGAUAUUCGCAGCUUAAACUUUGCCAAACUUAUGGAAAUAGAAAAUAAGCGAACAGGUGAUAGUAAUCGUAUUGAAAUUAUUACUGACAAAAUAUUAUUUGGUACAAAGAUAUUGAUGCAAUUGUUUGGCGAAAAACUUUCCUUCGAAGUAAUUAUCUCCCUUAAAACGAACCCAGAGGAAGGUCGGAACGAAAUAUUCUUCAUUCCAGGUAUCGAAGACUAUGGUAUCAUUUUCAAAACAUUAGAAUCGAAAAUUAAGUCACCAGCGACUUGUUUCCAACUUGGGACAAAUUAUGAAUUAGAAACUGUAGAAGAAAUUGCCCUUUCAUUUCUACCGCAUAUACUAAAGAAACUUAAAGAUCGAAAAGAAUUUACUUUAAUGGGAUACUUAUUCGGAUCGCUUGUAACAAUUGAACUCACACGACAAUUAGAAGCCAAAAGAUUUAAAGGUUAGUUAAUUUUGAUAGAUGGUGCUCCUCAACUAAUGAAAAUACUUGUAAACCAACAGUUACAAUCGUCAUCGGAGGAAGAACGACAAAACAAAGUUUUUGUUAUUGUGGCGGAGACAUUAAUAUCUGUUAAUAGUGAACAGCUUGUACUUGAAUUGGAAAAAUCCAAAAUGUGCAUAAAUGCAUUCUUUAAUGUAUUGUCUCCCGAAUACAGUUUAUUUUUCGAAUUAUAUUUCGAGCGAGAUUUAAAAAACGCCAUCCUUUCAUUUUAUGUGAGAUUGCAAGCAUCCAUGAAAUAUAAUCCAGAACCAAUACCAUAUAUAAGAACCCCAAUUACAUUGUUCAAAUCGAUGUUUUUGUCUGUACAACAUAUCUCGUAUGAUUAUGGACUACAGAAAAUAAUUGACGGCAAAAUAGAAGAAAAAUGUCUGCAAUACCAAAGUGUCAACCCUGUGUUUACAAAAAGACACAGCAAAUCUUUCCUCGGGAAUAAGUUCCGAGAAAGGAACACAAGACUAUCAUCAGAUAUUUGACACAAAUCAGAAUCGCAAAUCGAUCACUUGUUAAAUAAUUUAAAUUGAGAAUUGGUCGUAAAAGAUAGUAAGAUUAAAGAAAGAUACCCAUAAAAUCAUCUAGUCAUUAAUCGAUUGCAUAACGAUAUUUUUGUCAUG